AUGAAGUUCUCCGCCUUCCUGGUCCUGCCCGUGGCGGCUCAAGCUAUCAAUAUCGUGAUAUCAAACGACGACGGCUGGGCAGAGAUCAACAUUCGAGAACUCUACAAUUGUCUUACAAGAGCUGGCUUCAAUGGCUUGAUAUCCGCUCCGGCAGAGAACAAGAGUGGAACGGGCUCGAGCGACGAAGAGCCCGAGGAAGUUGGCGAGGAUGGAUGCGAGUUUGCGAGCUGCCCUGCUGGAAGUCCACCUUAUGGGAAGAGUGAGAGUGAGCCACGGUUUAACUAUGUGAACUCCUACCCAGUAACCUCCAUGCGUUACGGCAUCCAGAAUCUCUCUACCACCUUCUUCCAAGGCCCUCCAGAUAUUGCAGUAGCAGGCUUCAAUGUCGGUACGAACCUCGGCAUAGUCACCUCCAUCUCUGGCACCGUUGGCGCAGCAGUCGAAGCUGUCAAAGAAGGCGUUCCUGCCAUCGCUUUCUCGGGAUCAACGGGCCAUCAGACAGCCUGGAACGCUCCGUUGCAGCCGUACAUGACUAUAUACGCCGACCUCUCAGCCAACGUCACACAAACAUUGACGUCCAGUGGCAAGCCAUACCUGCCUGAAGAUGUGUUCGUUAACGUUAACUUCCCGGCCGUCAACGAUCGCUGUCAUUCGACAUCAAGCUUCAAGUUCGUCUUCAGCAGGAUAUAUCCCGCAGUGCCGGUGUUCACGCCAGACGAUGUGGAGACUUGUGGUAGCAAGCGGUUGCCCGUGGAGAGGAGUGUGGUGAAGAAUACAGCAGGCUGUUUUGCGAGUAUCAGUGUUGGCAACACCGAUAAAGUGGACGUUGAUGCCGAGUUGCAGGCAGCCGUGCUGGAGAAGUUGAAGGGCAUCUUGAGCUGUUUGCCGGAAGACGAGAAAGAUGCCCGCAAAAUGGUGCUAUAG